UAAUAAUAUAUGCACUACAUGCAGGAGCUCGACUCUUUGUGUUCUUACUCUGAGCAUGUCGAUGGUCCAUUGUCUGUGAAUCAGUAUAGACAAGCCAGGCCGGAUAGCUAGCCUUCGUCGUAGAUUACCGUACACAAUCUGCACCUCCCGAGAUCCAGUAUGAAUUUCUACAAGUCUGCCGCUCUGGCUCUGGACCACCUGGACAAGUAUAAAGGGUCUGUAAAGGGCUCUCUCGGAGCAGCUGGGAUCGAGACUUCAUCUGCUCAAGAGUCAAAGAGGAUUCUUGCUUUGGUUAUUGAGACAUUGAAAUACCGUUCGGCUCUCGAACAAAUCAUCGCAGUCACUCAACUUCGAACUCUUGAAAAAAUUACAUUCCCCAAGAAGACAUCUCCCCGCACACCCUCGUCACAGAGUCUCAUCCUGGUCCUCCUUCACGAUCUCCUCAUCUCCCCUCGAGGAAGAAUUGAAGCCUCUGACAAAUGGCCUCCCCGGCAGGCUAUACAACGGCAUCAAGCGAGACUCAAGGCCGAGCUAGUCAAACUCCAAAUUCGUGAAGGAAAAUCAUCGAAAGAAGGUCUGGCGAGGACAGCAAAGACUGAAGGAUCAGCGAGGUAUAUUCGAUGGAACCCGAAUGUCGACUUGCACCGCGAAGACGAUUGGUCCUUGGCGGCGCUUCUGAGCUAUCUACAGACGAAACCCUCACCGUUCAAGUUGCUGAAUGCACCAGUAUACCCUGUACCCGAUGGUUCGUUCUUUCUCGACCCUCACCUACCUGAAUGUUUGCUGGUAUUCCCCGCGACGACCUCGUGGUGGCAGGGCGACAAGUGGUUCGAAUCUGGAGCAGUCAUCGUCCAGGACAAGUCAAGUUGCUUCCCCGCGAGGGUCUUGAUGGGCGAAUGGGAUGAGGCAGAAGGUGACUGUAUAGACGCGACCGCUGCGCCAGGCAACAAGACCAGUCAUAUGUCAGCGUUGAUGAGAGGCAAGCAACAACUACACGCGUUCGAAAAGUCUACACAGCGUUUCAAGACACUGCAAGUUAUGUUGGAGAAAGCUCAGUGCUUGAACGUCGAUGCGAAGAAUGCGGACUUCCUGCAGAGUGAUCCCUGUUCAGAGAAGUAUUCGAACGUCACGCGCAUCCUCCUAGACCCAAGCUGUUCAGGAUCCGGUAUUGUCAACAGGCUCGAUUAUCUCGUCGAUCAAGAAACUGAUGAGGCGGACGAUGCCAAAAACGAGAGGUUGGAAAAACUCGCCAGUUUCCAACUGCAAAUGAUUCUCCACGCUUUCAAGUUCCCAUCUGUCAAGCGGAUAGUUUACUCUACAUGUUCGAUACACCCUGAAGAAGAUGAACAAGUUGUCCAGCGCGCACUUUCGUCCCCAUUAGCCAGGAAGAACUCAUGGAUAUUGGCUCAGAGGAGUAGUGUUCUGCCGUCCUGGCCCAGGAGAGGUCGCGAAGAACACUUCAAUGGGGAUGCCGACUUGGCCGACGGAGUCAUCAGGUGUAUUCCGGAAGAAGAUCAUACAAACGGAUUCUUUGUGGCGUGUUUCGUGCGCGGGAGUGAAAGCGUUCAGAACCAGAAGAAAAGGGCAUUAGAGGAAGCAGAAGAUGAGUCUGAGUCCGAGCAUGAGUAUGAAGCAGAAGAUUCGAAGGAGGAAGAAGAGAAGGAAGUGGCGCCAAGGGAAAAGACUUCGGCUCAGCUGGAGAGACGCAAGAGGAAAAAGCAGAAGCAGAAGCAGAAGAAACGCUCGCAAGAGGUCUGAAUUCCUUCUGCACGAUUCAGUUGAGCGAAGGGUACCCCGCAAUGCUGCCAUGCAUAUCUCGACGCCAG